AUGUUUCGAAACCGCCGCCCCGAUCUCAAGGAUGAGAACUACGUCUUCAUCCUCGAGGGCGCCGAGGAGUCCCUCUCGCACAAGGCAAGCAAGUUGCACCUCGAGAGCGACAUUGUGACUGUCCCGACGCUGAAUGCGGGCGCCCACGGAGCGCUCUCGCACCAAGACUUCCUGGACGACUUCAUCGGCUCGCUCUCAAAGGUGCAGAAGGACAUGGACUCGCGCUUCCGCGCCGCUCUCACUGCCUCUGAAUCUGCCGCCGCCACCCGCCUCGCCGACACUGAGGCGCGCUGGUCCGAAUCCCUGAAGGAGGAGCAAGCCAAAUCCGCCCGGCUCACAGAGGAGCUCGGGACAGUGAAGGAGCGCGAGUCGCAGCUCGCCUUCAAGCUCGCGUGCGUCGCGACCGAGCUUGGCGGCUUCGAGUCCAUGAUCAAGGAACUGGGCGUGGACGAGGCCGCAGUGCAGAAGUGGUGGGACGAGAAGCAGGCCGCGGAGCGGCGCGAGGCCGAGGCGAAGAAGGCGCGCACCAAGGCUGCGAUGGAGGCCGCGGCGAGGGAGAGGGCGGACAAGCUGAAAUUCGAGCAGGAGCAAAAUGCGCGCACGCGUGCUGCGCGCGAAAUGGCCGAGAAGGAACGCGAGGAGGUCGCCCUCCAGUCCCUCGUUGCGAGCUUUGCCCGCUUUCCGUCUGACGUGACCUGCUCCCCGCGCCGGUGCCAACUCGACUCGACGCUGUACCUUCUCGUGCAGUGGUGUCCCGAGAUCAAAGCCCACUUCGCGAACCGACACUCGACCGUCGGACAGGUCCUCCUCUUCGCCCAAGCCAAGGGGAUCGAGUGGAGCAAGGUGCAGUGGGAUGUCCGCUUCACGGACGAGAGCGGGUACAACGAGGACGCGCGCAGGAAGGGCAUCCAUGUGCGCGAGACGCUGGCCAUGAUUCGCGACUGGGCUCUGCAGUACCUGAAGGAAAACCCGGGGGUUGUGCGCAAGACGGCCCAGCUUGACUGGUACGCCAUCAGCCGCGAUCAGUAUGAGGCCAUCAAGACCGCGGAGAGGAAGGGCGUCAGUCUCCAGGACUCACAGCUUGAGACGUUCUACUCCUGGAUGUGGUGCGCGCAGAAGUAUGUCGAUAGCGCGCGCUGGUUCGUCCAGGAUCAGUUGUAG